AGAAGGAGGAGGAGGAGAGAGAGGGAGGCAGGCAGGCAGUGAGCAAGUGAGGGGAGCAGUAGCAGAGAAGCAGAAGGGUGAGACAGGAAGACAGACACAACCUACCUUCCUCAUCGGAGCAAAGGAAAGACUGGCCUUCAUUGUUGGGAGAGCUCCAAUGCCUGGUCCUACCCAAACCUUGUCCCCAAAUGGCGAGAACAACAACGACAUCAUCCAGGAUAACGGGACGAUCAUUCCUUUCAGGAAGCACACAGUGCGUGGGGAGCGAUCUUACAGUUGGGGAAUGGCGGUCAAUGUGUAUUCUACCUCGAUAACCCAAGAGACUAUGAGCAGACAUGACAUCAUUGCAUGGGUGAAUGACAUAGUAUCUUUAAACUACACAAAAGUGGAACAGCUUUGUUCAGGAGCGGCCUAUUGCCAGUUCAUGGACAUGCUAUUCCCAGGCUGUAUUAGUUUGAAGAAAGUAAAAUUUCAAGCAAAGUUGGAGCAUGAAUAUAUUCACAACUUUAAACUUCUGCAAGCAUCAUUUAAAAGAAUGAAUGUUGAUAAGGUCAUUCCGGUGGAGAAGCUAGUGAAAGGGCGCUUUCAGGACAACUUGGAUUUCAUCCAGUGGUUUAAGAAGUUCUAUGAUGCGAACUAUGAUGGGAAGGAGUAUGACCCCGUGGAGGCUCGGCAAGGCCAGGAUGCAAUUCCCCCACCUGACCCUGGUGAACAGAUCUUCAACUUACCCAAGAAAUCUCACCAUGCAAACUCACCUACAGCAGGUGCUGCUAAAUCUAGUCCGGCUUCUAAACCAGGAUCUACCCCUUCUCGUCCCUCAUCAGCAAAAAGGACCCCCUCUAGCAGUGGCUCAGCUUCCAAAUCUGAGAAAGACUUAGAAACCCAGGUCAUACAGCUCAACGAACAGGUACAUUCAUUAAAACUUGCACUUGAAGGCGUGGAGAAGGAAAGAGAUUUCUACUUUGGAAAGUUGAGAGAGAUUGAGCUGCUCUGUCAAGAACAUGGGCAGGAAAAUGAUGACCUCGUGCAGAGACUAAUGGAGGUCCUAUAUGCUUCAGAAGAACAUGAGAGCCACACAGAGGAGCAAGAUGCAGAAGGGCAAGUUCACGAGCAGCCUCAGCAGCAGGAAGAAUACUGACCCGUCUUCACAUCUCGUGACACUUUUCAUUUUGUUGUGGGAACUUUUCUUCUGGAGAAUUGGAACAUGUGUGGCCUCAAACACGAAA